AUGAAAGGCUUGGCAUGUGUGACGGGGGGUGUGUGUAACUGGUGUGUGUUGGUGGCGUCAUUGCUUGAGGAUGGGCUGCGUUCGAGUACGGAGGGUUGUGUGGUGCGGAUGUUGAUGGUGAGAUGUGUUGAUGAUCCGUCAUCUGGGGAAAGUGUUGAAGUUGCGGUGAUUGCGCCGGUGGAGAAGUUUAUGGCCGGAGAGCGAGCAGCAGAGGCCGACCCGGUUGCGAUGGAGCUGGGUGCGAUGGAGCUGGGUGCGAUGGAGCUGAGUUCAUCAACCCAACUGAUAGACGUUGCUGGAUCGGUGUCUUGGUCGCCAUCUCGUUUUGAUUGGUUGAAUGAUGCGCACAGGUUACAUGUAUUUCAUAAGAAGUCGCCGACGGUGACAGGACGUGUUGAGCGUUUGAUGGGACACAGUCUGCAGCAAUAUUUGGAGUGGGAGGACCCGGAUUUGUCUGACCUGAUUUGUAAAGAGGCGUUUGGCAUGGCGCUGCAGGAAUUAGCAACCCACUUAUUCGCACAAAGAGAAGAGGAAGAGGCUCAGACAGACCCUUGGCAAGUGCCCGAGACUGUUAGUGCACGACGCCUAACUGCCGCUGAACGGCUGCACCUCUUUAACCUACCCGCUGACUGGCGAGCCGUACUCAACAACGAACCUCUACAUGUGAAACUAGAAACCAGCCAGCCCAACAGCGGCUGCAGCUUUGGUGGUCGCUGGUCCCGGAAAACUAAGCUCGCAGUCGGUCUUACCACCGCGGCCGGUCUGACUACCGGUGCCGUCCUCGGUGCCUUCUUCUUAGGUCUCUUCGACGGCGUCGACCCCUAUGCCGACGACCCUCUGGCGCCGGCCGCUCUAGCCACACUCCGUGCUCCGGCGGAAGCGUGCGCGAAGGCCUGGAAUACGACCGCCGCCACGGCGCUACCUGCAAGUCUUGACGCAUGGUCAAACGCCCCAUGGUGCGAUGGCUUCUCCGGCAUCGUCGUCUGCUCCGACUCCAACACGCCAAACGCCGUGACCGAAAAGACAACUCCCUCCUCGUGGGCGCCCCACCCCUCGUGCUACUACUUCCGAUCGCCGUUUAAGUACGAUCUACCCACCGUGUGGGAGGCGGUGGUCCGACACAACGCGCCGAAACGAUGUGGCGUGGCCUGCGACCCACGGAGCGUUGGCCUCCAACGCACAGCAAGGAAACUCGCGGACACACUCCACGUGUACCUGGACGGCGUCGAACCCGAGGAUGUCGCUUCCGAGGUGCACAAAAAUGUCGAACUCAAUGAGGCAUGCUCUCACACACGUUUGCCCGCUCUACACGACCCAAAUUGCACCUCCUGCUCUUUCGCCAUCCUCAACUGUCUCGUACAAGGUCAAACCGGUGAUGAGUUCGUCUGGGGCGAUGUCCUCGAUUUCGACUCCAACGAACACUCGCUCGCGCAACAUGUCUCUGCCUUCGACCGCCCGGACUACAACGUCACCACAUGCAACUUCCGCUGUUAUAUCUCUAAAGUUAUUCCUCGACCCACGCUGACCCUUUCCCUUACGUCGACAUGA